GGACUCCAUCAUUACGAAUGCGAUCGUUGAGUUCCCCAGGCGAGAAAUAUCUAUCAACUAUGUUUAUCUAAGUCUACAUCUUGUCCCAUUUAAUACUGCGCUCGUUCUGUAAUGCCUUCCCAUGCCUGGCUCUCCUCCCCGUCAUUCCAGGCGGUCGCCAGGGCCGACAGUGGCCAAAGGGUGGCUCGGUUCAGUGCAUAGGUUUUGGUUGAGAUACUAUGCCUCGGAUUAUCUUGGACUGGUCAUUCUGCUUACUAUCUAUAUCUUGGUGGUCUUCUUGGUCGAGCCGUUCCAUCGUUUGUUUUCGCUCGAGGAUGUUGCAAUUCAGUUUCCUCAUGCGACAAAAGAGCGCGUUCCCGUCCCAUGGCUUUUCGUGUACGCCGGGGCCGUCCCCCUCCUUCUCAUUAUCGCUAUCCUCCUAGCCUUCGAUCGCAACAAGCACAAGGCCCACGUCACUCUGCUAGGCUUCUUCAUCUCAUUGAUCAUGACAUCUCUCGUCACCGACACCAUAAAGAAUGCCGUUGGCAGACCCCGUCCGGACCUGAUCUCCCGCUGUGUUCCUGGCAAGAACUCGGCUGAACUAUCAAAGCUUGUUUCCUUCCGAGUCUGUACGCAGACCAAUUCCCACAUCCUCCAUGAUGGAUUCCGGUCGUUCCCGUCCGGCCAUUCGUCGUUCAGUUUCGCGGGGUUGGGCUACCUGACAUUGUUCAUCUGCGGCCAACUCCAUGUAUUCCGUCCGUUAGCACCGGCAUCGAGCCUGUCGGCCAUGCUGGCCGCAUGCGCUCCCUUGCUUGGUGCUGCGCUCAUUGCGAUUAGUCGCUGUGAAGAUUACCGGCAUGACGUCUGGGAUGUGUGCUUCGGAAGUGUGCUCGGUUUCGCCAUCGCGUGGUUGCAGUACCGAAGAUAUUACCCCUCUCUGCGGCAUUCGAGGUGUGAUGUUCCAUUCCCUGGCCGGUGUACGCAAUGGGAAAUGGCAAAGUUGAAGAACGACGAGGAGAGCGCGGUGGAGGCGAGGCGAUUUGAAUUGGGGGAAGAGAGCGAUAGCGAUGAACACGAUCACACAACCUCCAUGUUGAACGCUCGAGUCGCUUAAAGGGAUUUUUGUAACCAUACGAGGGAUUGCAUUUUCAUAUCGUCUACAGCGUUGUAUAAAAGUAUGCAUUGCUUGUAUCGCUGCUUUCAACCAAUGCCGCAGAAACUGCUCCGUCAUU